CUCGUGACCAAUUAGAAACAAGAGUGAGCGGGAAUCUCCUAAGUGACGCACCCUUUCUUUCUUUCUUUCUUUUUUGUUUGCUAGUAGUUCAAACUAUAAUUAAAGUAGAGUCUCUCACGUCUGAAAUGUAACUACUACCAGAAGAGGAAAACAAAGAGAGCAAAGCCAAUAGGAUCUAGAGGGGAGGGGGUCAGAGGGAGUAGGUUCUAGACUAAAAACACUUGAAGAAACAGAAAAGAGGGAGAGGCACAAAUGGGGUGGGCAAUAGCUCUUCAUGGAGGCGCUGGCGACAUCCCACUUUCUCUGCCCCCUGACCGCCGCCUCCCUCGUGAGGCCGGCCUCCGCCACUGCCUUGACGUUGGCAUCGCCGCUCUCAAAGCCCAUAAGCACCCCUUGGACGUUGUUGAACUAGUGGUCCGUGAACUGGAAAACCAUCCACAUUUCAAUGCGGGCAAGGGAUCUGUUCUAACCACCUCUGGCACAGUUGAGAUGGAAGCUUGCAUCAUGGAUGGCAAGACAAAGAAAUGUGGAGCUGUUUCGGGCCUCAGCACUGUUGUUAAUGCAAUAUCCCUUGCACGCAAGGUCAUGGACAAGACCCCUCAUAUUUAUCUGGCAUUUGAUGGGGCUGAGGCCUUUGCAAGGGAACAAGGUCUUGAGACUGUUGAUCCGAGCUAUUUUAUCACUCCAGAAAACAUUGAGAGGCUUAAGCAGGCACAAGAAGCUAAUAGAGUUCAGAUUGAUUACACACAACCAAUUCAAAAGGAGGUGAAGAAAGAUGAUGCAAGUGUUGAUGGUGACAGCCAAAUAGGCACUGUUGGAUGUGUAGCUGUUGAUAAUGAAGGGAAUUUGGCCUCUGCAACAUCUACUGGUGGACUAGUGAACAAAAUGGUGGGUAGAAUUGGGGACACACCAAUCAUAGGUGCCGGGACUUAUGCAAACCAUCUCUGUGCGGUUUCUGCUACAGGCAAAGGCGAAGCCAUAAUCCGUGGUACUGUUGCAAGGGAUGUUGCUGCUGUUAUGGAAUUCAAAGGUGUUUCCCUCAAGGAAGCUGCUGCUUACGUUGUAGAGCAAGUUCCACCAGGCAAUGUUGGGUUGGUUGCUGUCUCUUCCACUGGAGAAGUCACCAUGCCCUUCAACACCACAGGCAUGUUUCGUGCAUGUGCUACUGAAGAUGGACAUUCAGAAAUUGCCAUAUGGGAUUCUCCAUCAAAGUAGGCAAUUGAUGAGUAUUAGCUAUUUGCAACUUUUUUGCCUUAAAAGGCUGGAAGAUCGCUCUGAAACAUGGAGCGGUUCAUGUAGUUAUUGUUGUCAUUUGGUGGCAUGAAAUGUUGAUCAUGUAAUUGCUUUUCUAGCCUUGAAUGCUAAUAUUAUAAAAUUUCUUCCGAACGAAUAAUGAUAUGUUUGCAAACAAUUAAAUUAAGUUCCCAUUUUC